CAGAUAAAGACAGUCCUUGAUUACUGGGGGUGGCUGGAAGGGACCUUCCUGCCCUCCCUGUACGCUCUGCAGUAUGCCAAUGGGACUGACGUCAGGUACUGGCGAGACACGGCCUGCAUCUCAGAUUUAGAGAACAGGCGGGUGGGCGUGGCCAGGAUAAGACAACUGCGUGUUAAGAAUGGUAACUCAGUUUUUUUAAGUUUUUUGUUUGUUUUAAAAUAACAAUUCAGUUUCUCAAAUUACACAAAGUGCACAAUAUUUCCUUAUUGUUUUACGAGAGUUAACUGUUACACAUUUUAUUUUAACUUACCCCCCCCCCGCCCCUCUGCACCCUCCAGACUCCUGCACAAUCUUAACGACCCUCAAGCCAUUCAUCAACCACUGCCGUGAUGAGUACAAUUGGUUCGAUGAUGAUACAAAGCCUUACCUCCCCUUUUGGGAGAAGCCACCCGACGACAUGAUUCCAGAGCUGAAGAAAUCAAACUCACCGUUUGUAAGUUGGUGAAUAUUCUUUUAUACCAGCUAAACUCACAAACAAACCCAGCUUUUGUAAGUUGAACUAUUCUUUUCCUUGUUACGUUAUGCCUCCCCCCUCCCCCCCCCCCGUCCGGGGCACAGGCCGUCCACAAGAAUGUUCCACUCAUCACGGCCCUCUGCUUACCUUUCGAUUGCUUCCAGGCGUAUCCCAUUUAUUGCGUGUCUGCCUCUUAUAGCUCGCGUCUCUAUGUAUUCUUAGGACUUACUCUCUUUCCUUUUCCCUGUGGAUUCCAUAUUAGGCAUUGUCUGGUGAUGCUAUCUGGGGGUUUUCGGAGAGUAUGCCCUAUCCACCUCCAUCUUUUCUUUACGAUGUCUUCAUCCGUGGUCACCUGGUCAGUCCUUUCUAGUAGAUCUAUGUUGGUGGUGGCAUUUGGCCAUUUGAUGUUCAGGAUCUUUUUUAAAGCAUGUGUUUAUGAAGGUCUGUAAUGCUCGCCGUUGUUUGCCAAGUUUCUGCUCCAUGUAGUAGGACCGUUUUGAUAUAUGUGUUAAAGAUUCUGACUCGCAGAUUAAAGAUUCGCAGCUCCAGCUCCCUCGAUUCCCAUAUUUUCUUUAAUAGCUAACAUUCUUUAACAUAACAAAUAAACUCACGAUUUUUAUGUUGAUAUUUUAUUUGACAUACCAAAUAAAUGUACCAUUUGUCGGUUGAUAGAUAGAUUUGUGACGUACGAAACUAAACUAAACUUGUGUGGGCUGAUAUUUACCUCGUCAUGCCGAAUAAAUUCCACUUUUAUAAGAGGAUGAUUAUUUUACAAUGCCAAACAGUCUUACUGUGGAGUCCUAAUUGUAUACCUAUAGACCUAAACCUUGCGGCCACGUAUACCAUUGCAACAAUUAUAUGUACGAUGGAUUUUAAUGAAAGGAUAACUCUAAAAUAUUAAUGACACUUUGUCCCACCAACCCUUCUGUGGGCAGCGGUUAGUUUUGGUUUGGGUUUAUGGGGUUUGGUGGGAGGGGGAAUUAAGUGGGACGGUGGGACUAUUUGGUUCUCAUGUUAAAAUAUUUGAAAUUUUUUUUAAAUUAUUUUUCAAAAUCUUGAAAAAGGCUGUCUACUUUAAAACAAACACAUGCAUGGUCCACGUCUCACAGUAAGAUUAGUGUAUGUCCUUUACAUUAAAAUUUCAAUGUACAGUGAUGUUUAUGAAUUUUUAAAACAUUUUUUUUUACUAUUAUAUUGAAAUGAUAUUUUUAAAAGUCUAUUCUACUCUUGCUACUGACGAACAGAAUCCACCAAUUUUUAUUUAUUUAUUUAAAAAAUAUAUAUUUUUCUAAAUUAUUACUAAAGGCCUAUAUCGUUACUUCGACCUUGAACUUUGAAUCAACGCCGUUGCACAACUAAUCAGGCCCGUUCUUAGGCAUACGCUGACUACGCAUUCGCGUAGGGCCCCAAACGUGAGGGGGCCCCCGUGAGGCGCCCUCAAUCCCCCGUUUUUUUAAAAACUGGCACUGCAGUCGUCUGUGUCACUCACGUUACCUUCCUCAUCCUGAAAUUGAUCAUUCUGAGUUGAAUUCGGAGGCAGGGUCGGCCCCCCCCCCCCCUUUCGGGGCCCUCAACCUACGCUCCAUGCUUAGGGCCCCCAAACUCCUAAGAACGGCUCUGAACUAAUACUGCCUUUCCCUUCAGGUGUAUCAAGAUUCAAUACAGCUGAAAACGGCUCCGUACGUCGGCCACAUAGCCACAUACAAGGGAGGCGGCUACGUCAUCCUCACCAAACGGCAGUACAGCCGCACCACCGCCCUACUCUCCACGGCCAGGUCGCAGAACUGGCUGGACCUCAACACCAAGGCCGUACUCCUGGAGUACACAGUGUACAAUCCAAACUCUAACCUCUUUACCUCGGUCACGGCUGUGGUCGAGUUCCUCACCACGGGGUCGGCGUCGACUGUCAUGGAUGUGAAGGUAACACUGACUGAGUGAUUAGUCUCUGCGCUAUGUGGUAGCUUAGGUAGCACUCACUUAAUUUCAGUAGUAUGUGGUAGGUUAAGUAGCAUUCAAUCUUGAUGUUAGGUGCUAGCUUAGGUAGCACUCACUUGGUCUUGGUGUUAGUGUUAGCUUAGGUAGUACUCACUUAGUCUCGGUGGUAGAUGGUAGCUUAGGUAGCACUCACUUAGUCUCGGUGGUAGAUGGUAGCAGGUAGAACUCUCCUAGUUUCGGUGAUAGGUGGCAGCUUAGGUAGCUUAGGUAGUUUAGGUAGCACUCUCCUAGUCUCGGUGAUAGGUGGCAGCUUAGGUAGCACGCCCUUAAUCUCGGUGGUAGAUGGUAGCUUAGGUAGCAUUCCUUUUUAAAAUGCGUUCAAGCUGUGUGAAGGAAAUAGAAGAGCACGGUGUGGGAAGCUUCAAAUAGAAAGACAGUCAAAAGAGUGGCAGACGAUUGAUACAAUUUUGUAUUUUAGAAAAUGUAGUCUAAUUGUUUGCUAGAAUGUAGCAAGCCAUUAAUAAAAUUAAGUAUACAAUAAUGUAAGAUAAUGUUGUUCUCAAUUCAUAUAAGCCACAUAUUAUAUGAUUGUGUAAAUAGUAAAGAAGGUUAUUUAAAUGUGUUAUUCAAGCAGUUGGUAAGGCCAGAGGUCAACAAUCAGAGACCUUUGUAAAAUUAUCAUUCUCAUUCUUCAUAGGUUAAUACAGUUUAUAAUUUUUUUUUUAAAAUUAAACAUCAACACAGGCCUCAUAUCCCCUAUUUGAAUAUUGUCUGUCCAGGUGUUCCGCCUGAUGAGUUACAUCGGUGGCUUCGGUCUGAUCGUUCUCAUCAUGGAGGUGUGCUUCGGUGUCAUCACGAUGGUCUUCUUUGUCCAGUGCGUGAAGCGGGUCAGGAUGAAGAGGACGGGCUACUUCACGGACUUCUGGAACCUUCUGGAGUUUGUGCUGCUGUGCUUGGCCGUGACGUGCAUCGUGCUGUACGCCUUCAAACACAUUCUCACAGAUGUUGCCAUGGCCGCUCUACACAACCGGAAGUCAGGUGAACCAAUCAGAUCGUGCUGUACGCCUUCAAAAAAUGGCCACUAUACACAACCGGAAGUCAUGUCAGCCAAUCAGCAGCCAAAUCGGUGACACUCACAAAAAUCCGAAUGUUACAUAUCAAAUGGCAAAUCUGAUUAUCAAGAUAAUUACCAUCGGCCUUGAAUUGUUAUGGCUCCGUAUGAGACGCAGUUUUAUUGACAAAUAUCAAACGUAACCAACAUUUUUACCGAACUAUCAAAUUUAUAAACAAACAACUUAUGAAGGCAAUGAAGCGUCUGAAAUAUUAUUCUUAAUUAUUAAAUACCGAGCACCUUGCCAAAACCAGGUCGCGUGAGCAAGGAAUAAUAUUGGGGGCGACUGCACUGAAGCUGUCUCUCAGCAAAAUGAUGAAUGUGUCGGCCAAUCGCCAUAACAAGGGAACAAAAUUAAAGACCCGGACUGAAAAUGACGAAACAACUCUGUUCAUAACUAGUGGGAAUGCGUGGGCACCGAUUAGACGGGAAAAAAACUUGAGAAAUGAAAGUAAGCUAAGAAUCGUGGGUAAGGUAAUAGAAAACUAGGAAUUACAAUUUCAUUUGAGCGUCUGAGAAUCGGGGAGGAAAAGGAAGGGGGGCUGGUGGUGGGGGUGUGGUACAGAAUGAAUAUUUAAAAUUAUUCCACUUGGUGUCUGCGUACCGAAACUGAGUUAUGAGUUUUCCCCCCGAAUGUUCCUCAGAUGGUUUCGUCAACUUCAACUCGAUCGCCCUCUACGAUGAGAUGUACGGCUUCGUCAUGGCCGGGGUCGUGUUCAUGGCAACCAUUCAGUUUCUGAAACUGCUUCAGUUUAACAAGAAAAUGGGAAUGCUUGGCUCAACGGUAAGAGAAUAAUUGGUUUGGGGGGGGGGGAUAAUUUUUAUUUAGUAGUAUCAAAGAUUUAUAAACUGAAUGAGUAAAUGCGGACUCAUUAAAUAGAAUAUACUCAAAGUCCUUUAAAAAAUAUAUAUAUAUUUUUUUUUUAAAUUACGAAAAAUGAACUUGUGGCCCAAAGAAAUUUUUAACAGAUAAUUAUUGUAACGUGCAUUAAGCAGAUCUAGAGCAAAUCUGCAUGUAAGAACGAUUGACCUUGACCCACAUUCCAAUGUUUCACCCUCCAGCUGAAGCUGGCCUCCAAGGACCUGAGGACGUUCUCCAUUACGUUCUUCCUGUACUUCUUCGCCUUCGCCGCCACCGGCUUCCUGCUCUUCGGCAGCACGCUGACCAGCUACCAGGAUGUCAUCACAACCACGGAGUCGAUGUUUGCUUUUGCCUUGGGCACCUUCGACUACAAGGAGAUCUCGGCAGCCCAGCCGUUCUGGGGCCCCCUGUUUGUCUUCAGGUGAGACGUCUUUGUCAUGAUACCAAGGUGAGACGUCUUUGUCAUGAUACCAAGGUGAGACGUCUUUGUCAUGAUACCAAGGUGAGACGUCUUUGUCAUGAUACCAAGGUGAGACGUCUUUGUCAUGAUACCAAGGUGAGACGUCUUUGCCAUGAUACCAAGGUUGAGACGUCUUUGUCAUGAUACCAAGGUGAGACGUCUUUGUCAUGAUACCAAGGUGUCGUCUUAUUUAGGACCGUUUUAUCAUUAACUGUUUCAAGCAGUAGAAAUAUUAAGUCAUGACCUGUUUAAGGUCAUUUUAAAAAAGAAUACAAGUGAUGGGGUGAUGCUUGGAUUUCCAAAGGUAUUUUUAAAAUUAGCCGGACAAAAUUGACACUACUUCCAAAAUUUCAUUUUUAUAUAAUGAAAUUCCCCAAGUUUUACAAACCCAAUGAUACCAUUUUCAGUUCUCUAGACUCUAUCUCAUAGAUUAAUAUAAUAAAUGGAUUCAUUAAUUGCAUUUUCAUUUCUAUUUUUAGAUAAUGUCACAAACAUAAAUGCAUUUUUUGUGAGCAGAAUUCCUCAGUCAAAAUCACUCUGUCUACAUUCUGAUUCUUUUCUAAUAUUUUUUUUUUUUUGAAAUAGUUUCUAAUACUCCUGAACCCAUAGCUAAACCGAUGUCAUUUACUCUCAAACCCUCAGUUACAUCGGUGUGGUCUACAUAAGUCUCAUGAACUUCUUCUUGACGAUCAUCGGGGAAUCGUUCAGCCAAGUGAAGGAGAACGUGGCUUUACAAAGCAACGACUACGAAAUUGUGGACUUCAUGUGGGCCAAAAUCAAGGGACUUUUCAAAUAA